GCUUUCCCAUUUUAAGUUUGGACACACACCCACAUAGAAUGACAAAUGCCAGAGGGUAUCUAGAUAGAUAUACACAUAAUACUCAAUUUUAAGAAGAAACUUGCCAUUAGUUGUUGAAUUAGCAAGCUGUUGCAGUCUAUUGGAGCAGAAUGCAUGUGGUUAAUGUGCUGUCCUUCCUGUUAAUUACCUCAUGCCUGUGUGAUGGGAGAAGAGAAAGAGGAAACAGAGCAGACAAUGAUUUGGGGUUGAAGAUGAAGACACACUAUAAGUCUAAAUCCAUGUUCAGGAUGUAUACGCAUGGGAAGGAUAUAGAGGAUGCCUGCACUGUAGAGCUCUUCCAAGCCCACACUCUGCAGACCUGUCACUUCAACAGCAGUCACCCACUGGUCAUCAUCAUCCACGGCUGGUCGGUGGAUGGGAUGAUAGAAAGCUGGGUCACUCGGCUGGCUGAUGCACUUAAAAGCACACAGAAGGAUAUCAAUAUCCUGGUCAGUGAUUGGCUGACCUUAGCACAGCAGCACUAUCCCAUUGCUGCUCAAAACACACGGGUGGUGGGGCAGGAGAUUGCCUGGCUGCUCAUGUGGCUUGAGGAUCUCACACAGUGUCCUGUUAGUAAGGCCCAUCUUAUCGGCUACAGUCUGGGUGCUCACAUAGCAGGAUUCGCUGGAACUAACUUAGCCGCAUCAGGGAGGAUUCUGGGAAGAAUCACUGGCCUGGACCCUGCAGGCCCACUGUUUGAAGGCAUGUCCUCUACAGACAGACUCUCCCCAGAUGAUGCCAGGUUUGUGGACGCCAUUCACACAUUUACCCAGCAGCACUUGGGGCUCAGUGUGGGCAUCCAUCAACCCGUUGCCCACUACGACUUCUACCCUAACGGAGGAUCAUUUCAGCCCGGGUGCCACCUGCACGUUCAGAACCUGUAUGCCCACCUGUCUCAGUAUGGCCUUCUGGGCUUUCAGCAGACGUUGAAGUGUGCCCACGAGCGAGCGGUGCACCUUUUCAUUGACUCUCUCCUGAACAGAGACAAACAGAUCACGGCCUACAAGUGCAGAGACAACACAGCAUUUAACAAGGGUGUCUGUCUGGACUGCCGCAAAAACCGGUGUAACACUCUCGGCUAUGACAUCAAGAAGGUCCGGACGAGCACCAGCAAGAGGCUGUACCUCAAAACACGCUCGCUUAUGCCAUACAAAUUGUACCACUUUCAGAUCAGGAUCCAGCUCAGCACACGGUUUGAAAAGAUUGAUCCGUCUCUCACCAUCAAACUCACCGGCACUCUUGAGGAGAGCGAAUCCUUGCCAAUCACGCUAGUAAAGGAACUCUCAGGCAACAAGACCUACAUUUUCCUGAUCACCCUGGACACUGACAUCGGCGAUCUGAGGAUGAUGCACGUUGCCUGGGAAGCAGACCCACUGUGGACCAACAUGUGGAGCAAAGUGAAGACCAUAAUCCCAUGGAGUAGGAAGGAAGUUGUGCCACAGAUGACCAUUGGCAGGAUUCGAGUCAAAGCAGGGGAGACACAGCAGAGAACCCAGUUUUGUGCUCGGACAGAAGAUGGGGUGUAUAUCCAGCCCUCUGAGGAGAAGCUGUUUGUUCGCUGUGAUGAAAGGCGGGAAAAGCCGGAGCACAUGCGGUCACAUGGCUGAAGGAAAGCACGGGGUUUUUGUGCUCACGCACGUGUUGUAACGUCGUAAUACAAAGUCUGAGCGGCGGUGAUGCUUCCAGCGCGUCACAUCUGAUGUAACAUCUCUAUUGCAGGUCUGCAGUAAAAGUGAUGUAUCACCCUGUACACAGUGGCUAUGUAUUAACAUUUAGAUGUUAUUAUGACUGAUGAUUCAGUCAAUUCAUGGAUUUUUAGAAAUCUUUCUUAUCGAAAAGCUAGCUCAUUUUGGCUGUCGGGACAUUUCAUUUUUAGCUUUGCCGUUGUAUCUUGUUAUCUGCUGAUGCAGAAGAACAGUGCUAGAUGCCAUUUCAUGGUAUGCUUUCCAAGCCACUAUUCAUUCUCGUUAUAAAAAUGUUGUUCUUGAGAUUGUGAGAAUGAAAUUCACUGCGUCAACCCUUGUGAUUUGUUUAAUUUCUUGAACAUGGGAAAUCUGACCACUGAUUAUUAUUUCACAUUCUGCUCACACACACCUAUAUAUAUAUAUACAAGAUACCUAUAUAUAUAUAGGUUUCUUACAAUAGUAUGGUGUGGCUAAAAUUUGCAUUUUAUUUAAACCCUGCCCAUGAGCAUUAAAAAGUUUUUUGAAUUUGCAUUUGAAUCUAGUGAAUAUUUCUCUUUAGCUUAUUAAGAUCAAUAGUUUGAUGUCGGCUUGUAGGCAUAGAUGCCAAACUAUUUCUUAGGGUCAGAUGAUCUAAUGGACUUCUUCCAUUUUCCUUGCCGCCGCAGUUGUGUGCAUUCUUGAGUGGGAAAGUCAGAGAAGAAGAGUUGAGGAGAGAUGCUAUUUUGAUCCAUAUGCAGAUUUGAACAUGGCCCUUCGUAAUAUUUACAAAGUUUGAUGCUUUUUAUGUAUCCAUAAGGCGAACCUGUUUUGCUAAUUAUUUCUGUAAAUGCUUUGUAAAUCUUCACCAUGUCCCAAUGUCCCAUUAAAACUGAUCAUUCCGCAAAUGCAAACCUUUUUUGGAGGACAGAUUGUUCCAUGGAGUCACUGAACAAGACAUCGGUCAUAAUCUUGUGGGAUUUACCUGAGCAGAUAAAUCAAUAAACGCAAAGCAUUUCAUUUAAUUACCUAUUCAAAAUCCUAUAUCUACAAAGAAGAGUUAUAAUUAUCUCUGAGAAAAGGUGAAGUAUUGACAGGCCAAAAUGGAUAAGCUCCAGAAACAGCACAUUUCCAAGCCAGCCCUCCCCCCAGUCAGACUAAUGUUCUACCUCACUGGACCCGAGCCAACACACCAAGCACUGAAAAUUCAUUCAGCACAGCACUUCCAUGACUUGUAGCAGCAUCUUUGAAUAAAGAAAUCUGGUAACAAGAAGAAGAGAAGGAGAUGUCAGUUUAAAUGAAUGAAUGCAGUCUGAUUAUAUACACACUAUAUGUAACCUAAACCUUGUAAAACUU